CGCCACUUCCCAUCAGCAUUAAUACUUUAAUAUCUUCUCAAUAUAACAAUAAUAAUCAUGGCUUCUAGCUGGCUCUCUUUCUCCUUGAGCUUCCUUCUGGUGUUGCACGGUACCUUUGCUCAGCAGAGAUACCAACAGCAGCAAGGCGAGUGCCAACUCAAUAGACUUAGCCCUCAGGAACCCACCGUCCGCAUUCAAGCCGAAGCUGGAGUCACUGAGUUAUGGGACCCAAAUAACCAGCAGUUCCAAUGUGCUGGCGUCUCCCUAAUUCGCCACGUCAUCCAGUCUAGGGGAAUGCUGUUGCCUUCUUAUGUCAACACUCCCCUACUUGCCUAUGUUGAACGAGGUCAGGGAUUUUAUGGCAUCAUGCAAUCUGGAUGCCCCGAAACAUUCCAGUCAUCCCAGCAAAUGCAGCAAGGUGAAAGGGGUGCCGGUUCAAGAUUCCAAGAUCGCCACCAGAGGAUUGGACAGUUUAGGCAGGGUGACAUUAUUGCCUUCCCUGCUGGAGCUGCUCACUGGGUUUAUAACGAAGGAAAUGAGGAGCUUGUUCUUGUUGUUCUUGAAGAUAGCAGUAACAACGCCAACCAGCUUGGUCGAACUUCAAGGAGGUUCUUCAUAGCUGGAAACCCACAACAAGGACAGCAACAACAGCAACAGGGACAAUACGGUGGCCGCAGCUUGCGCAGGGAACAAUUCCAAUCUGGAAAUGUUUUCAGUGGCUUCGACGUACAGGUCUUGGCUGAGGCAUUUGGCGUAGACCAGGAGACAGCCAGGAGACUUCAGGGACAGGAAGACCAGAGAGGACACAUUGUAAACAUUCAGCAAGGACUCAGAGUUGUGAGGCCACCAUUCUCACAGGAACAAGAGGAGCGCGAGGAGAGACAAGAGCAAGGACAAUAUGGUCCUCGCAUGAACGGAAUUGAGGAAAUCAUCUGCUCCGCUAAAGUUAGGCAGAACAUUGACGACCCCUCACGUGCUGAUAUCUACACCCCACAUGCCGGACGAUUCACCACCGUCAACAGCCUUACUCUGCCAAUCCUCAGCUUCCUCCGUCUCAGUGCCGCUAGAGGAGUUCUCUACAGAGAUUCAAUCAUGGCACCACACUGGGUCACCAAUGCACACAAGGUAAUCUACAUAACAAGGGGAGAGUCAAGGAUUCAGAUUGUUGAUCACAGAGGACAAGCAGUGUUAGAUGACAGAGUCCGACAGGGACAGGUCGUGGUGGUUCCACAGAACUAUGCCGUGGUGAAACACGCUGAGACCGAAGGCUGCGAGUGGGUAGAGUUCAACACCAAUGACAAUGCCAUGAUCAACACUUUGAGCGGCCGUACUUCUGCUAUCCGAGGAUUACCUGUAGAUGUGAUCGCCAAUUCAUACCAGAUUUCAAGGGAUGAGGCGAGGAGGCUGAAGUUCAACAGGGAGGAAACUCUUAUCUUCCGAUCUUCAGGAAGAGCUCGCUCAUCCGAGAGAGUUGCUGCUGCUUAAUUAAAACGAACGUGUAAUAGUUUAGCUUUUUCCUCCUAUGUAAGCUAAAAAAGACUCCUUAAUAAAACGAGGACCUUAUGGUCAUCUUUCUAUGAUAUAAUGGCAACUGUUAUGUAUGUAACUAUAUGAUGUAAAAGCGGAAAGUUCUUGUACUUUUGGAAAAUAAUAGCAGAACUAUGUAGCUUUUGCCUUUUUGAGCUAA